ACCACAAUGUAUUUACCCCAGUACUCUAAUCUUGUAUCUUUACAUAACAUAUAUAUAUAUAUAUAUACACACACAUACAUAUAUGAACUGAUGAGCCAUAAAAGUGAAAACAUGGCUACCCAACCCACCUCACGGUUUCUUCUUGUAUCUCUUCUGGGUUUCAUCUACCUACUCAAACUGAUUCUUAUCCCUUUCCUCAAAUGGGUCUACACCGUCUUCCUCCGACCACCCAUAAACCUCCACACUUACGGCUCUUGGGUCCUCAUCACCGGAGCCACCGACGGAAUCGGCAAAGCCUUCGCCGUUGAAUUCGCGCGCAGAGGCUUCAAUCUCGUGCUCGUCAGUAGAAACCGGGCCAAGCUUCAAUCUGUCUCAAACCAAAUCAAAUCUUCCUUCCCCAUUACCAAAAUCAAAACCAUUCCCUUCGAUUUCUCUGACUCUAAUCUCUCUUCCGGUGUGGGAUUCAUCCAGGAAGCCAUUGAAGGGCUGGACGUGGGUAUUCUCAUAAACAAUGUGGGAAUAACUUACCCAGAAGCAAUGUAUUUUCACGAGGUUGAUGAGAAAGUCUGGAUGAAUAUUGUAAGGGUUAAUUUGGAGGGUACGACUAUGGUUACCAGAGCUGUUCUUCCAAUGAUGCUGGAGAGGAAGAGAGGUGCGAUUAUCAAUAUCGGUUCGGGUGCCGCCAUUGUUGUACCUUCGCAUCCUCUCUAUGCAAUCUAUGCUGCCACAAAAGCGUAUGUUGAUCAACUAUCAAGAUGUUUAUAUGUGGAGUACAAGCAAUUCGGGAUUGAUGUACAAUGUCAGGUACCAUUAUAUGUUGCCACCAAGAUGGUGAAGAGAGUUGCAGCAAUAGAAAAAGCAACCGUCUUUAUACCAUCUGCAGAAGAUUAUGCAGCCGCCGGAGUCGGUCGAAUAGGGUUCGAACCAAGGUGUACUCCUUACUGGGCUCACUCCCUUCAAUGGUUCUUUGUCCAGUUUCUCCCUGACUCCAUUGUGGAUGCUUGGCGUCUCUCCAUUGGAAUCCGUAGGAGCCAACAUCUCAAGUCUCAAAUCUGAGAAAAUUGGAGAAUGGGUGUUCCACA